AUGCAUCGUCUUUGUGGCGGCGGUGUUACCACUCGUUGCCGGGCCGACACGGGUCACUCCGGGGUCACGCCUACGCGUCCUCCCGCUGUCUGUCUCCGGCCCUGUCUGCCCCCGUGGGCCGCGGCGGCUGCCGCUGCCCUCCUGCCGGUGGGGUCGUCGGCGGGGCCUCGUGGGGCUUGCAGUUUCUUGCUGGCGCAGCGCCUGCUCGGGGUGCAGGGUCAGUGCGGGAUCUCAGAAUUCUGGAGCUCCGACCUGGACGGGUGCAUGCCGUGCGCGUCUUGCAAGCAGUACCCAAAGACGCCUUUGUGUAACACAUGUAAAGUGGUGGAAGAGACGCCGGACGUGUGGAAGUUAGCAGCCAUUAGCAGCUUCUCUGUGCUGGCAGUGGUGCUAGUGGGCGCCGCCCUCAUUAUCGGGGUGAUGGUGCAUCGCCGCAAAGCACAAAAACUUCCUCUACGAGAACCGAUAGAAGAAACCGCAGGCCCACUUUAUCAAGCUUAA